AAAAGGCAACAAUGGAGAGUUUCGUUUGUGUGGUUCGUAUUCGUACUUCGUGUCUUUUCUAUUGAAGACAAUAUUUAUUUCGGGCCUAUAAAAUCGCCCGUUAUCUGACGACAUUAAGUGUUUUGUGAUGUGCAUCUUUUCGUAUUAAAUAUUGAUGUGUGUGACCUCUAUACCAAUUUUGUCGGCGGUGUUUCUUUGAUUUGGGUGAAUGCGUCGGGCUGGGCGACUCGUGCCGCCUGGUGUCUACUGGCUUUAGAAACGAGAUCUGACAAUCACGGUGAUCAACAUAUGAGUGGACGGUGAAUCACCCGGUGACGUAAACGGUCGGAGGGCGAGGGAGCGGCGGCCCCCACCACGCUCCCGUCAUGACGCUGCACUGGUGGAUGCACUGGUUCUGGGUGACAAUGCUCCUCAUCGUCACAGCGAGUACCGGAAGAAACCUCGCAGCGCCCCAAUCUGAUGUAAUGCACUACGCGGACUUCGAGAUCGAGCCCCACGUCGCAGAGAGACAAGCGAGGGCUAUGUACUUCACGAAAACCCCACAGAACACAAACACAAACAGAACAACGCCAACUACACAGAAAAACACAACAGAGAAAGAGCCGACAAAGACGGAGACAUUUGUUACAAACAUGACCUUAUCAUUGACAAACAUAACACAAGUACAGACGAGAAUAAAAUGGACACCGAUCAAUAUAACAGACAGCAACGUAUCUAUUAUAUCACUGCCAGAUAACACAACAAACCUAAAUUUAACAAUGGAUUUCACUAACACCGAAUCUCAGAACUCCACAUUUGCGAAAAAACGCAAUUUGACAACGCCCGAUUUCGUCAAAGAAGACCUCACUUUGGAAGGCGCUUCCGAAAGUCGGAUAGUCACUGAAAAGCCCUUGUCUUUAGAAACGGCGUUUUUACAAACAAGGAUUCCACCGAACGUAGAAAGUUCUAGAAGGAUAAUAGAUACUACCGAUGGUGGCAUGGACACUGGAGCGAUAGCUGGGAUAUCAUUCGCUGCGUUGGUGCUGGCAGCAUUGGCCGGUAGUACGGCAUUCGUUCUGUACCGUCGAAGGUAUCUGAAUAAACCGCAGACUCUGAACGAUAAAUGCUCGAACCCAGAUUCGAGUGGAUAUUUGGACGACAGUACUAUCAGGGACAACUCUGAGGAGAUGUACAGUUUGGACAACGAUUCGUUCUUGAACUCGUUGGAGGCGAUGACAAUACAAAACUAUUGGACGGACACGGUGAAACACACCAAGCUUUAGCAUGACAUCAAAUUGACUACAAUUAGUGACAUUUAAACUUGAAUUAUUGACAUUAAGACUAAUUGAAUGUCACAGAAACAAUUCCAGUGAAUUCCAUAAUAUAUUGUAUUUUGACUAAAAUUCUUAAUAAUAAUUGUGACUAAUUUAUCAAAACAUUUAUGGUGGUAUUAACAAGUCAAAGGAUACAAAAUUCUGUAUUCUGCAUUAUACUAAGUAAGCCUUAAUUAAAAUGAAAUCUUAAAUAAAUUUCAGUGUUUUAGAAUAGGUAUAUGGAAUGUAAAUCUUCAAUCUUUAACUUAAAGAAUUUCUCAAAAUAAGAUCAUAAUAUAUUUAAUAUCUGUCUAAUAAGGAUUGAUUGCGAUUGAUAUUUAUCAUUUAUUUAUUUAUUUUCAUUUCGUGUUGCAAUAUAAUUUAUAUAAACGUUUAGUGCUUGAAAUAUAUUCUACUGGAUGUUAAUUUUAUAUAAAUUAUGUUUAUUUUCUUAUUAUUUGUGUAUGUACCUAUCUAAUAUAUGAGAUUGAUAAAUGUUAUGUUCUUCAUUCGGAAAAAUAAAUAUAUAUUCUUUAAGUUAGUCUUCAGCCAAGAUUCUUAUUAAAAUCUGUUAAACAAAUCCAAAUUAAAUGAGGACAGGAAUAAAAAUCAAUAUAACCUUGUUGUGUGCAAACUUAAAUUUGAGGUUAUCAUAAUGAUAAUCGAAAUUUAUCAUAGUUUUAGUACACGAAGGCUAGUUUUUAAAUCCAUAUAACAUUUUAUAUGGACUAUAGAAAUGUUUUGAGAUUAUUUCUGGAGAUAAAAUUGGAUUUAAGUUUUGGUACCUACUAAUAAACAUAUAUAUGUUUCAAAAACUAUAUAUUAAAAUGAAAGGAUUAUUAAUUCAAUUUAUUUUAGUUCAAAGUUUUGUUUAGUGUAGGUAAUAAUAAAGCUUGAUUGAAGUCAAUAUAGUAUAUUAUAUACCUAUCUUAAAAGUGUCAUUCUGUGUCAACUAUUAUAAUACCUGUACUGUAGUAUUAUUAAUCAUAAUAAAGAAAAUGUAUCAUAAUAUUUUAUUGAUCGAUGUGAAAUGUUUAUAAUUGUCAAAUAAUAGUUAAUUUGUAAUAGGAAUCGACUAUUUUAUUUAUAUUAUUAGAAAAAAAAACUUUCCUGUAAAUAAUUUAUAGUCCUUGGGCCCAAGAGCAAAAUAUUUAUUCAUAGCUAUUGAUCAAACUUUGUGUAUAUGUUAUUCAUGACGAGUCAUGACACAACAUGAAUAUCACACAGUGGCGUGCACAUCAUACAUGCAUUAAAGUACUGCAUACCCUAAAACAUGUUUUGUUAAUGCUUAUCCAAAGCACAUUUGCCUAGUUUGGUUAAAUUUGCGUACUAGUGCAUACCCUGAUCAACAAUCUUAUGCACGCACAUACACAAAAUUUUAGUUAUGGUCAUGAAUAAUUAUUUUGUUCUUGGCCCUAACCCCCCAUAUUAAUAACCAUGAAUUAAAAUUUAAGCAUCAAUUUACUUCAAACUUUAAACAGUAUUGGUUAGGUCCACUUUACUUUGAACUAAAUCGGUGCUUAAAUCUUAACCUAUGUUUAUGAAUAAGGGGGUAAUAAUAAGUAUGAUUGUGAUAAUAUAUUUGUUGUAUUGUUAAUUGAAAUUACUUAUCAUAAUUUUAGUUCAUGUAGUUAAUAGUUUAUGUUUAUUAUUUUAUGUAAUGAGGAUAUAUAAAAAUUAAAUAUAUACAACAAAGUUAAUCAUUUUGUAUUAAAACUAAUACAUAAUGCAAAAAUAAUUAUUUCAUAUAAUUGUUCAAUUUGACGAUUUACAUACAGCUUGGCAAAAAAGUGUAAAAACAGAACUAACUUUUUUCCCUCUUACAACACUAUUCAACUUGUCAGUUGUUAGUGUCUACUGUCAAAAGUGAUUAUUCUGUCGGCUUUGAAGGUUAUGUUGCUAUGGUUACGUUUACGUUUCUCGUAUUCGUGUUGCCAUAUUGUCGCCUCUAUUAAUUUCUACUCUUUAUUGCCAAGCUAUAGCUAAAAUAACUAGAAGUAAGGAUGAUCUCAAUAUUUCAUGUUAAGUCACGAUUUAGUCUAAAAUUGUUUAGCUUUAAAAAUCCUGGUGUGGGUUUUGUAUUAACUAGUGUCCACUAGCCCACUGGUCGAAAUUCGAUCGUAAUCAUUAUUGAGAUGUAAAAAAAUAUAUAUAUGAAUAUACAUAUUCCAACAUUUUUUUCUACAUUUAUACAUUAGUUAAUCGUAUCUGAGUAUAUUUGUGACUUUAGAAGCGUAAAGUAUGAUGAAUAGAGACUUAAAACCGUUACUAUUCCUUUAGUUGCGGUUAAAAUUUUUUUUCGUUAUUGUAACACUAAUGCUCUAUUCUCAAGCUUUUAUAUUCUAAACAAAAAAAAGAAAAAUGACUGGAAUUUUAAAAAAUUAAAGGAAAAUGACAAAAAGAGAAACAAAAGGUCCUGAAAGGGUUUGCCUUUAUCUACUAUAAAUGCAUAUUAUUUAUUUAUCUUUAUCUAUGUCACUAUUAUAAUUAAUUCAAAAUUCAAAUUUAGCUCAUCUCAAAUAGGCUUACUUCACAAACACUCUACUAAAUAAUUAAUAUUUUUUUAAUAAUAUAUAAUUUAUAUUAAUAAUUUUAAAAAUUUCGAUAUUAAUUUACGUAAUUGUUGUUAGUGUUAAAUUUUGAAAUACAAAUUAUGAAAAAAGUAAGUAUAUACGGAUAUCAAGUAGACGCGUGACGUUUGUUUUUAUGAGUUUCACUGGCUUCACCACGCUGCUUGCAAACACUCAUUCUGGAUUUAUUCUUUAUUCUGUGUGAACCAAUUAUAAUAAUUAAAGUUUGUGGAGUUGGCAUAGCAAUUUUAGAUUUUGUAAAAUACACAUACAAAUACUUUUUGUCUCAGUUCAUAGACACAAUAUUUUUUAUUGCAAACAUUGAAAUAGUGGAAAUUUUAAGUACUAUGAAGUCAACUGUGUCAACUAAUAUAAUAUUUAAUAACAUUUAACGGCCUUGUUUACUUAAAAUGGCCUAGUCUUGCGCCUUAUCCUUUUUAUAAUGCCUACAUCAGAUUAACUCCGCAGUACCUACCCCCAAAUUACUUAAAAUAUGUUAACUUAAAAUGGACUAUCUCAUAAAUUUAUCGCCAUGGAGGUUUGAUGUUAGUAAAUAGAUAUGAAUACGACGAUGUUGAUUGGUAUAGGUAUUUAUUCUUUCACUGAUUAUAAUAAUUGUAAAAGGACAGAAAAUAAAAGGACUAUUAAAGUGAUGAUGCGGUGUGCGGAAUGGAGGAACGGUAAAGAUGUAAUGAUGGGCGAAACAAUAUAUCCACGCAUGCGCGUUCGAGGGAAUUCUAAAUAUGAAAUGAAUCUGGAAUGUGAAUGUAGAUGGCCUAACCUAAAGUGGGCGAACGAAAGAGUUCGUUCGCCACAAAUUAUCCGAUAAAAUUGGUUCAAAUGUGUUGUUUAUGAAUUUGUUAAUUUAUUUUGUAUUUGUUAUUAUAAUUGUUUAUUAUUUUCUAUUUCCGUCCAUAAAACGUUAAUUUGAAAUUGAAUUGCAUUUAAAUUUUUCAAUUCUCUCAGUCCUUAAGUUUUGGGUUGUUGAUUAUUUUUACUUAAACUUUAAUGUUAUGAACUUUUUUGUAUCAUUCGUUUAGAAAAUAUUUGUAAGUGACAAAACACUGUAUCUAAAAGUUUUUUGUUUUUAGUCACAUUGGAACCCUAUUAUUUUCAAGAUAUCUUAUCAACGCAUUUCUCAGUAUUUUAAAGUCUUAAUGAAAUAUUUAAAUGUGCGAGGAACUGGAAGUGUGUGUGUGUACCACGUGUAGUAAUAUCACAGCACAGUAAUAUAAUAGGAGGACAAGUUGAAAAGUAUCCAGUUUUAUGGUGUAAAUAACAGUUAAACACCUACUAAAAUGGCGUUAGCGUAAGUAAAUAAUGUGGUUUGAGUAAUACCCUCGAUAUUUAAAAAUCUAAUUAUUAUUAAGGGAAUAAUUGGUACAAUCAAAAAUGUAAUUAAAGUUAUUCGCAUAUCGCUAUUGUUAACAAACAUGCACUAUUACUAUAUCACAAUGAUACAGAUAUAAUAACUUUAUAAUUAUUAGAAUUAUUCUUCUCGGUGUGUUAAAUGAAAUUAUAAAAUGUUUUUUUUUUUUAUAGUGUUAAUGAAGUGUAAAAUAUUUUUGAUAGACGUAAAUAAAACCCCAAUCUUCGUGUCUGUAUUGUAAUUUAGUUAAAAAGAGUGUAUGUAGGUAACAUUCGUAGAAUAAUGUAUUAAAUUUAUUUUUACUUGCAAAA